CUUUGUAACACCACACACACGCACUUAGCCGUCAUGCCUGUCACCGAGUUUGCCCUCAUCAAGUUACGGGGCCAAUACGAUACCCUCGAGUUCCUCGAGACUCUCAUGGAGUGUCAGGAGAUUCAGGACAAUUGGGUUCGCAACAACCAGGCGCACAACUUGAAUCCCGGCGCCAAUGUUAGCAGCAUGUACACUGACGCAACGAACCAAUCGACCCUUCUCAUCACAGCGCCUUGGGAUUCCCCCGAGGCUCACGGAGAAUGGAUCCAGAGCGCCGAGAACAGGAUGGCAAACGGCAGCCUGAGCGAGUUCACCGCGCCAGGAGCCGACUCUGUCCUGCUGUUCCACAUGGAGCCGGCGGGGAAAAGGCCGCAGAUGCGCGAGGCCUUCAAACACAAGGACAGCAACGAUACAUUCGACGUCUGCCGCAUAACGGUCAAAAGCAAUCAUCGAGAAGCACUACAACUUAAAUAUCAAGCACUGGAAGACGAAUUGCGAAAAGAGGGUCAGGAGAAGAGCAUAUGGGCAGGCUGGAGGAUUGAAACGUUUGAAGAGGAAGAGGAUCUGGUCAUCUUCUGGGCGGGCGAUGUUCUAAAGGAGCGAUUACAAGGCUUGGCGAGCCUUGCCCUCAAGAAGGAUCAUCGCCGCUUCAAGCACAUUGUGUAAUUGGGCACAUCACCGAGCACCUGAGUCCCCGUUUCCGUUCCUUCUUCCCCUUGUUCUUCUUCGUCGUGGCUCUUCAUCAGGCGGCUUUCAGCUGGGACACAUAAUCAUUCGGACUCAUCAAUCGGUGUGUGUGCGAAUUGUUGCUUUGUUUUGUUUUUUUGUGUCUCAAAUCGUUAUAUUGAGCUCUAUUGCGAGCGCGCGUUCUGAGCACAUGAAAUGCAAGGUAUCCCGAGACGCCCAGUUUGUGCAUGUAAACCCUUCUCACGCCGAAUGCCACCACCUCCGUUUUACCGCCAAUUCAUUUUCUUAGUUCUUCUUAGAAACCUCUGCGAUCUGCAGGUCUGUAGUUGAAAAUACAAUGUUAGCUUUCCAUCAUCUUCUCUCGUGUUUCGAUACCAAUACCGUCGAAAUCGAAUAUGGGAGGGAGUAACAAGAGAUCGGGGGGCGCAUACUAGGAGG